AUGGCGCCACGAAAGAAAACCGAAGAGAAGGCCUCGGGCAAUGAGGCUGCGGACAUGAUUCUGCACUACUUGCACAUGCAAAACCGGCCAUACUCCGCUCUCGAAAUCUCUGCCAAUCUGCACAACAAGGUGACGAAGAGGAAGCAAAUCGUCUACCACGCUCUCCAGGACGCAUCCGACUCAUGCACGCCCGAACAACUCGCCGCCCUCGACACCCAAAUCAGCGACCUUCGCGCCCAAACCUCCGUCCUCGUCGCCGCCACUAAAUCUCUACGCUGCACCCUCGCGUCGCUCAACUCCACGCUCAGCACCGCUAGUCUGGUCGCUGACGUGCAGGCGCUCGACACAGAGAAGAUGAAAAUUCUAGCGCGCCUCGACGGCUUGAAGGCAGGCAAGGCGAAGAAGGUGACGCAGCAGGAGCGCGAGGAGGUCGAGAGGGAGUGGAUCAAGUGCGGUAGGGUGGCACGGAUGAGGGAGAAGAUCGCGGUGGGUAUGUGGCGGUUUAUUGAGGAGUCUGUGCCUGAUAGGGAGAGGCAGGAGGAGCUUAGGGAGAGUAUGGGGUUGGAUGAGUAG